ACGCACUUCCUUUCUAACAAAACACGCAAAGGAAAAAUCCCAAACAAAUUCCCCAGAAAUCCACAGAUCUCUCAACUCUCCAAAUCCCUAAUUUCUCAAUUUUAUAGAAGAUCGGGGGUUUAAUCGUGGAGAGUAAACCAUGUUUACCCGGCUUUUCGCGAAACCCAAGCAGGAAACAAAUGCUCUAACCACGUUAGACAAAUUAAAUGAGACCCUUGAAAUGCUAGAGAAAAAGGAAAAAGUACUUGUGAAAAAGGCUGCUGUGGAGGUUGAAAAGGCCAAAGAAUUCACCAAAGGGAGAAACAAGAGAGCGGCUAUACAGUGCUUGAAGAGGAAGAGACUAUAUGAACAGCAAAUAGAACAGCUUGGGAACUUCCAGCUUCGUAUUCAUGAUCAAAUGAUAAUGUUAGAAGGUGCCAAAGCCACAACUGAGACUGUUGAUGCAUUGAGAACUGGAGCAGCUGCAAUGAAGGCAAUGCAGAAAGCAACGAAUAUAGAUGAUGUUGACAAAACAAUGGAUGAGAUCAAUGAACAAACUGAGAACAUGAAACAGAUUCAGGAAGCACUGUCAACUCCUAUUGGAGCUUCAGCUGAUUUUGAUGAGGAUGAAUUGGAAGCGGAACUCGAAGAACUUGAAGGUGCUGAGUUGGAAGGACAGCUUCUCCAGCCUGCAACAACUGCUCCUGCAGCUCUAGUGCAUGUGCCUGCUGGCAGGCAACCAACUCGUCCUGUUCCUCAAAAGCGCACAGCUGAGGAAGAUGAACUUGCUGCAUUGCAGGCUGAGAUGGCACUUUAAGGCAUUUAGUAGAGAACUGAUUUUGUUGUUGCAAGGACAACCGCAGUUCAUGUUGCAAAACAUAAAAGAUAGACCGUAUUGUAUUAUUGAAUCUUCUCAAAAUUUGUAUGCAUUUAAUGUUUGACAGACAAUGUACAUAAUGAUUGCUCGAACUAAACGAAUGUCCCCUUAUUUGUACUCUGCUUCCUGGAAUUUGUUCCCCUUUUUAUUUCCCUUGGUUCUGUCAAUAAACAGUACACUUUCCCUGUUCCGUGAGCCGUCGUAGCCAUCCUGACUUCCCUUGUAAUGUCAACUACUUAUUGGCGUUAAACAUUUGGUGUUUUUAGUCU